CGGAGGAGCCUCGCCGCCCCCCUCGCCGGAAGUGGAGGAGGGGACCCCGGCUCUCCCUUGCUUUCGUAGACCGCACUCAGGUUGGAGAGGAAGGGUGUGCGGGAAGGCGGCCGACCACCUUCCUCCGGCUGGGACCCGGAAAGACGCGGCGGACUCGGGGACGCCUGAGAGGGGGCGCAGCUGCCGCCGAGCUUCCGGAAGUUGAGGGUUUUGUUUCCGUGGGGAAGAUCUUAAGAAACGGACAGGGACGCGCCGCUGAGUCCUCCCAGCGCAGUAGCUGGCCUGAACUGGGGGCCCAAUCCCGGCGCCCGUGAGCGUGAUUUUUCCGUGUGAGGCCUGUGGUUCCCUGCGACCUCGUUUAUGGAGGGCUGUAGAGUCUAGCGGCGAUACAUCAUCCUGAUAGGCCCGCGUUUCACCAAGUAAGAUGAAAUUCCAGCAGGUCAAAGAAUCCUGUCUAUCUAUGAAAUGCAGUUAACAGAGCAACUGGACCUGUUUCCUGAGUACAGGGUGACCCUUCUGUUAUUUAAAGAUGUGAAAAAUGCUGGAGCCUUGAGAAAAAAGGCCAUGGAAGGUGGCAUUGACGGCUCAUUAAUCAACCCUACAGUGAUUGUGGAUCCAUUUCAGAUACUUGUGGCAGCAAACAAAGCAGUUCACCUCUACAAACUGGGGAAAAUGAAGACAAGAACUCUAUCUACGGAAAUUAUUUUCAAUCUUUCCCCAAAUAAUAAUAUUUCAGAGGCCUUGAAAAAAUUUGGUAUUUCGGCAAAUGACACUUCAGUUCUAAUUGCUUAUAUUGAAGAGGGAGAAAAACAAAUAAAUCAAGAAGACAUCAUAUCUCAGGUAGAAGGUCAUCAAGUUCCUUUGAAAGAACUCACUGAAAUAACAGAUAUUACAGAAGUCAAAAAGAUAUAUAAACUAUCUUCACAAGAAGAAAGAAUUGGGACAUUAUUGGAUGGUAUCAUUUGUAGAAUGUCAACAAAAGAUGUUCUGUAAAAUGAUAAAAAUAUUAAAAAUUUUCAGCAUUUAUAAAAAACUGUUUU